AAAAAAAAAGAGUUAUGUGUUCUCUCUUUCGUGGAAAAAUUGCCUCUCUCCGAUGUCGUUCUCACAGUCUUCAGCUUCCUCUUCAUCAUCAUCUUCCGCCUCUCAGUACACAUACACUUCUAAUUCGUACUAUUCCGCGCCUUACCAGCCUCCACUGCCUUUUGUAGCUCCGUCUCCUUCUCCAGCUCCUCCGGUUGCUACCAUUCCCGGAGCUACCAUCUAUCCUCAGCCAAUUGGUCCCGUUCCCGCCGUAUACUCUUACCCUCGGUACCAGGCGCAUCAGUUGUUUCAGAGAGAUGCACAAACCAUCACACCAGAAGCGCUUGAGAAUGUGAAAGCUGCUUUGGCUAGUAGCGAAACAGAACACAAAGCUGUGACUAAGAAGAGAGCUAUUCCUCGUAAAGCUGCUGGACAGUCUUGGGAGGAUCCUACUCUUGCUGAGUGGCCUGAAAAUGACUAUCGCUUGUUUUGUGGUGAUCUUGGGAAUGAAGUAAAUGAUGAUGUUCUUUCCAAGGCGUUUGCUCGAUUCCCCACCUUCAAUAUGGCCAAGGUAAGUGUGUAUAAUCUCUCUCUCUUCCUUUUCGUGUUUCUAUGAUGACUCUUUUUGGUUUUGUUUGAAUAUAUAUAUUUGUGAAAGAAGUCAUGUAUUGUUUAAGCAGUAUUAGUUUAUUCCCUCUGGUUGGUUGGACUGCUAAUAAUGUCAGUUGUAAUGCCUAUGCGAUAUGUUAUUCAGUGUGAGUUGAACGGAACCAAUGUGAACCGAUACAAAACAUGGUUGGCGUUAGAUAUACUGAUGUUUGCUACUAAAAUCACAAAGAGAAGUACUCCGUGUGAGUUUUUCUUGUGGUGAAUCUUUUACUGAUUGUUUUUUUAAGUUUGGAGAUUGUGUUAGUUGUUUAGAGAUAGGCUUUGGAGAACGGCGAUGCUCACUGAGUUGAUGUUCUUUGCCAUUUGUUUUGGUUUUGUCAUCAUUGUAUAAUCAGUGCUUGUUUCUUUGUAAUUCAAUAAUUAUAAGUUUAUAUAAUGGAGUGUGAUGCAAGUAUUUUUU